GUGCCACUUUCAGGUCUCCUCACACUGCUGGUGUGUUCCAUUUUUUGUCAUAGGGUGCUGGCAGAUUACGGGCCUCCCAUAGCUGCUGCCAGGCCCCUAAUCUGCCAUGGGCCCCUAUACCGCCUCCUCAUGCUGCUGCCAAGUCCAGAGUCUCUCAUGGGUCCCUGUACGGCCUCCCAUUGCUGCUGUCUCCAUCGCCACACUCUGCCAUGUGCCACUUUCAGGUCUCCUCACACUGCUGGUGGUUUCCAUUUUUGUCAUAGGGUGCUGUAUGGCCUCCCAUUGCUGCUGCCUCCACCGCCACACUGUGGCUCCACACUCUGGUUUUGGCCCCGUGACUGCCCAAAUGAGUGAAGUUUGCGGUGAUUCUAAGAUCGACGGCACUCAUCUGCAUGUCAUACUG